UAGACAUGCAAAUAUGGAUGAUUAUGAAAUAAUAGAUAAUAAUGAAUAUUAUUCUGAUGAAUAUAACUAUGAAAUUGUGGAAGGUUCAAGAAUCUCAGCCAAAGCUAAAACAUUUUUAUCAGCAGCUACUACACCUAGUGUUUAG